UGAGAGGUUAAAGGAAUACGAUGCAGUUAUACAGAACCAAUUUGAAGAUGGAGUAAUUGAACGUAUUGCAGAUCUUCCCUCAUUUCUUAGAGAGAAUCCAGAUGUAUCAUUUCUAGCUCAUAAUGCCGUGUUCCGAAAUAACUCUAACACGACGAAGUGUAGGGUUGUCUUUCUAUCGAAUUUAAGUGAGAGAACAAAUGAGAAAUAUCUUUCCCAUAAUCAGUGUUCCAUGGCAGGAGCUAAUUUGAAUAAUAAAAUGCAGAUUUCAACACUACUACUAAGGUUUGACAAGUAUUUGCUGACUUAUGAUUUGAAAAAAGCCUUUUUACAGCUUUUACUUAGAGAAGAGGACACGAGAAAGUUACUUUUUCUAUGGUUUAAGGGUAUUUCUAAGAACGAUUUCUCAAUUGUUGGCUAUCGUUUCCGACGAGUGCCUUUUGGAAUGAGAUAUUCUCCAUUUUUGUUAAUGAUAGCUCUCUAUUACAUAUUGAUCCAUAAUGUAACUGAUGAUGAUGAUGAAGAGACUCUGAGCAUAAAAAGGUGUUUGUAUAACCUUUCUUACAUGGAUAACUUAGCCAUAACAUCAAAUGCGGAUAAUGUUUUGUUUAAGGCAUUAAAUGUUUCUGUAUCGACGUUCCGAGAAUUUGGAUUCGAAUUACAAGAGUUUUGUACGAAUUCUGUACCCUUAAGAGAACAAUUAAAUAAGUUUGAACACUGCACUGAAUCAGAAUCAAAGCUUUUUGGCCUAAUUUGGAAUACAGAGAAUGAUGCGAUUAAAACUCGUGAACUUAAAUUAAACCCUAAAGCUAAUACAAAAAGGUUAAUUUUAAGUACUAUUCAUUCCAAUUAAGAUCCUUUUGGGUUUUCAAUACCAGUUUUAAACCGAAGCAAAUUGUUUAUGCAUUCCUUGCAGAAUGACAAGAAUAUUGGAUGGGAUACGCCGUUAAGCAGCGAGCUGAUGAAAGAAUGGGCGAAGAUUGCCAAACAGGUUAACAAGAGCUCAGAAAUUGUACCACCUCGUUCUGUCGGUAAUCGUUGUGACGAGUACAAUUUGUUGGUCUAUACGGACACAAGUAAAGAAUUGUUAGGCUGUGCUUUAUAUUUGGUAGCUGUCAACUCAGCAGACACCAGGCUGAUUUUGGCAAAGAAUUCUGUGCUUUGUAAGAAAUUAAGAACAAAGUCUAUUCCUGUACUGGAAUUGAUAUCUGUACAUUUUGGAGUAAAGACGGCCGUAGAUGUAGCUGAACAGCUAAUGAAUGCUGUUGUUCCUAUUCGGAUUCGUGAUAUUUAUUGCUUCACAGAUUCUAUGAUUGUUCUAAGUUGGAUUAAGUCUAAGGAGUUUGAGUUUGGCAAAAUAGAUAGGAAGCAAAUGAUGGUUAACAAUAGGCUAAAUGAUAUUUCGACACUUUGUUCUAAGCGAACAGUGAUUUUCGACCAUAUAGGUGGUGAUGAGAACCCUAGUGACUGUCUUACUCGGUGUGUUUCAGAGAAAAUGCUUCGUAGCACGCUCUUUUUAACAGGUCCAAAAUUUCUAGAUUCUCCAUCAGAGUGCAGAGUGAUUGUUCCUCAUCCCGGUGCAAAGCCGCUGCCCGUGAGUUGCUCUGUUAGGACACAUUUCAUUUUGAAUUCUGAACCACUUAUACCGUUAAACAAGUUUUCGUCCUUUAGUAAGGCGGUCAAGGUUUUGAGUAUUGUCUUCAUCUUUGUUACCAAGUUGAAACAAAGGUUAAAACUGACUAAGAAUAUACCAGAGAAUACCUCUGACGAACAGAAUGAAACUGCUCGUAGCACCAUUCACCUUUUAGUGCAUGCACAAAAGGCUGCCUUUCCCCAAGUUUAUGAUACGCUGGCUACAGGUAAUUUUUCAGAACCCCUUAUAUCACAGUUGAAUUUAUUUCGUGAUGAAAGUGGGCUUAUUAGGGUACAAAGUAAGUUAUGUAAAUUAAAAGCUGCUUAUGAUGAGAGGUGUCCGAUACUAUUGGGAAAAAAUUGCCCUGUGGCUAGAAGUAUAAUUUGGGAUACCCAUGUAAAACUGCGACACGCUGGAAUUUACAAAACUUUAGGUUUACUCAGGAAAAGGUUUUGGAUUAUUAAUGGCUUUGUGGUUGUAAAGAAGGUUUUAAAAGGCUGUUUGAUAUGUAAAAGGUUGAAUGCAAGAACUGUCAAAAUUAAUCAAAAUGCAUAUAGAGAUUUCAGAAUAAACCAAGAGGCUAUUCCGUUUAGGAAUAUUUGCAUCGACCAUUGUGGACCUUUCUUGGUUAAGGACAGAAACAAACAAAACUAUAAGGUAUAUGUGCUGGUCAUAUCCUGUUUUUGGUCUAGAGCAAUUAAUCUGGUUGUAUGCAGGUUGAUUGAUAAAAACUCCUUUCUUAGGGCAUUACAAAUGCAUAUUUUUGAGUACGGUUUCCCUUCCCUAAUAGUUAGUGAUAAUGGAAGCCCAAUAGUGGCGGGAGUAGAGCAAACUAUCUCCUAUCUAAAUGAUUUAGAGACCAUUGACUUCUUAAGAUCGCACAAUAUUAAGUCUUUAAAAUUUCAUCCAUUCCCUGCUAAUGCACAUAAAUUAGGUGGGUUUGUUGAAACUAUGGUUAAGCAAGUGAAAAGGAUAGUUACUUCGAGCAUUCGAAAUUACAUUUUGGAUUACAAGGAUUUUCAAUUCUUGAUUGCUGAGGCUAAAAUGCUCGUAAAUAAGAGACCAGUCGCCUUCAGAAAUGCUCGAAAUAAAUUAGAUUUUGACCACAGCGUGCCUGUCCCUUUGACUCCAAAGAUGAUAGUGAAGGGGUAUGAAGUACCUUGUGUGAGUAUAAUUCCUGAGCUUAAUAUUUCAGAUCAGGACGAAUCUUUGGGUGUGUCUGAUGAUAUAUUCGACAAUAAUCAAGAGGCAGUUUUAUCUCGUUUUGGUAAAAUUAUGAAAGUGAAAGCUAACUUGGAAAAAAUCUAUCAGGGUGAAUUUACUGCUACGUUGUUCAGUCAAGCAACGGAUAGAAAAAAUAGGUAUGGUAAGAAAUCUCAUAUUGAAUUAAGGGUAGGAGAUUUAGUGAGUAUAAAAACAGAUUUUAUAAAGCCUUUUGCUUACCCGCUAGGUAUCAUCGUACAAAUUGAAAAGAAUGACCUAAAUGAAGUAACAAGCGCUAGUGUACGUAAAUCCAACGGAGAAAUUUUAAGACACGUUGAUAAUUUGAUAUUCCUAACAGAUACUUCCAUCAACGUUGACAGUAACUCUGUUUCUCCUGAAUUUGUUCCUGAAACCUGUACAGUUUCCUACAAGUCUGAGAGAUCAGCUGCCCGUAGAUGUCGAGAACGGAACAAGGCACUAAUUGAGCAACACAAGGUUUAAUGUGAUUGUAGUGUUGUAAAAUUUAUUGUAUAACUUUUGUUUUUUCUAUUUAUUCUAGUUUCACAAUUCCAAGAAAUUGCUCACCCGGCCCCGCCAGUGUACAAAAAUAUUAAUACAAAUAAAACAUUUUUCAAGAAAUUGAAUCUCAAACUUUAUUUAAAUUAAAUAUUUAAUCAAUUGAGUUAAGUAACCCCUUGAAUUUGUACGUGCAUGGACUUCCAUGUUUCCAUGGUCCUUGGAUACGUCACUAAAUGACAGACGUCAGACCUAACAAGGACGCGGAAAAAGCUCGGGUAAGACAGUAUAAAGUACCGCUACGACCGUUCACUACCACCGCCGUCGCCAGAGACAAGACGGACGGUUACCGGUUACGAAAAAUUUUGAGGAUUCGAUAGUUGGCUGGUCGGGUGAUCAAUUUCUACUUUCUUCACUUUUUAUUGAUGGAUCGUUUUCCCGGAGGUACUGAUGUGGUAAUGCUGCUCAAGAGACUUCCUGUUGAAUCACGAGCCUUCGUAAGGUGUACGAAAUUGAACAUGAGAAAAUAAACUCAUCGUGUGGGGGUUCGAGGUGAAGGACAAUACAUGGUGGAGGACGACGGCUGAGUUCCAAGAUCUUCGCUGCUGGCUGCCUAACUCGGGUUGGAGAGUCGCUAAAAGGGGUGGAACCUUGGAGUGAAGAGAGGUCAAGAGCUAUCGUCUUGGAACUAACAGGACACUUUCCUCAAUGUAGACUGGGGAUUUAUUACUUAAUUUCAUGAAGCUAUACCCUUCAAUAACUUCAGUCUUGA